AUGGGUUCAUGUCCAAGCUCCCAGUGUAAGAUACGGCAGUGUUCUCGGUGUCAGGGGGACACAGAAUACUACUGUAACACGUGUAAUCAUGACCUGUGUCUACGGUGUAAAGAGAGACAUGUUAUUGAUCUACACACCAAACACCAGUGUAUAUUACGACAGUGUAUAGUACGACAGUGUUUUCAGUGUCAGGGGGACACAGAAUUCCACUGUAACACGUGUAAACUUGACCUAUGUCUACCGUGUAAAGAGGGACAUGUUAUAGAUCUUGAUACCAUGUACCAUGAUGUUGUGAUUUACCGGGAGAAAUAUAAAUAUAUCCCAAGUUUAAGUCAUCCAAAAAGAAUGUAUAAUAAAUAUUGUAGUUCAUGCAAACUUCCUUUGUGUUCUAAGUUUGAAAAACAAAAACACAAACGUCAUGAAAUGCUGAGCAUUAUAAAGGCGUAUACAACCAACCGUGAACAAUAUAGAAACAUUGUUCACAGAAUCAGAGGCGAGAUUCUAUGCAAGAAUCAGUUUCUUCUGGCAGAUAUUAAAUCUGAUUUAAAAUCUGAUAAAACAGAUAUCCUCAACUUUCAAUUAAAGAUUUCGAACAAAGCCCAGACACUGAAAGAUCUCAUUGUAACUGAGAUGUACGCAGCUAAUGUCAAAUACAAACUUCUCAUGAUUCAUAAAUUACAACAACAGAAGAGAAAAAUAAACAGACAAUUUGCCAGCAUAGAAAACCUUGAUCACAGAUUUGAACAUUCAACAAACAGACCUUUAAAAUUCCUCUAUUUCAUUAAAAACACGAAUGUCCCAAAGAUUAAAGACACUUGUAAUUUUAAACCACUCUCUUUGCUCCCCCUGACAGAGGAAAUCGAAAUCAACGUUGAGGCUUUGGUUGAGUUCCUGAGUGAAAUCCAUAUGAUAGAAAGAGGUCAAAGACAAGUAAGAGAUGAAGAUCUGCUGGAUCUGAUGCCUACACCUGUGUUACAUAAAACAGUGAAAUUGAAACUUCCUGGUCAUGUAACAAACAUUUCACGUCUGAAUUCAGAACAGAUAUGGAUCACUACUAGUUCUAUGCACGAUUUUUCUACCUUGGCAGUCUUGACAAACGCAGAAGGGGACAUUCUGCACCAGCUGAGAAGUGAAGCUUAUUAUGUUCGGUAUUCCGAAUAUGGAGCACACACAGUAAAUAUUAGGGGUGAAUUAAUUUAUAUAGGCACUAGUAAUAGUAUUUACAAGCUUUCUAAUGAUAAUAAAACACGGACUACAUUGAAAAAAGGAACUGACCCGUUGAAGCCAUUAUGUGUCUAUUCCUCCCACGUCGAUGGACAUCUACUCGUCGGAAUGUUCAGUGUUUUUGAAAACAUAUGCACGAUUAACCGAUACAAUAGCCUAGGACAAUACAUAAAAACAAUACAACGUGAUAAAAAGGGUCAGCAACUGUACAGGAAACCUAGUUACAUAACAGAAAACCGCAAUGGAGAUGUUAUUGUGUCUGAUCGGUACCGUGGUGUAGUGGUGACAGAUCGUGGAGGAGGACAUCGCUUCUCCUACACCGGACCUCCAUCUGGAUCACGAUCACGAUUAGUACCACGCGGAAUCUGUACUGACGCGCUGUCAAACAUCCUGGUGUGUUAUUGGAUCACCAACACAGUACAUAUGAUUGACAAGGACGGUCACUUCCUGUCAAAUAUUCUGACAGGAGAGCAAGGAAUAAACAGACCACACAGUUUAAACUAUGACAAUAAAUCUCAUCUCCUUUGGGUUGGAUCAUGCGGAUACAACCCACUGCGUGUAUAUAGAUACAUAAAAGAAAGUGCUUUCAGACAGGUAAUUCUUGAUGAUUAUUAG